AGUAAAUAGUGAUCGCUACUUGAAGGGGCAGCGUAGCUUCGGAUUCAUCUCCACCACUGACUCACCAUUUUUCUGUAAGUAUUCUAUGGCGACCGUUUCUAUUCCCUUUUCUUCUUCUUCUCUCCCCACCCUUAAUCUCCGCCGACUCAAUCGCCGAUAUCAAAGAAACAGCGGCAUGGCAUUUGCAAGUGUCAGUAAAGAAGGUGUUGGAGUAAAAGUUAGUGAAGGUGAAGGUAAUUUACCCAAGGUUGUCCUUUCAUCUCCUCAUGGUAGUGAGGCUGAGAUUUAUUUAUUUGGAGGCUGUGUAACAUCAUGGAAACUUCCCAAUGGCAAGGACCUUCUUUUUGUAAGACCUGAUGCUGUCUUUAACAAGAAAAAGCCUAUCAGUGGAGGUAUUCCACAUUGUUUCCCCCAGUUCGGACCGGGUGCUAUUCAGCAGCAUGGAUUUGCGAGGAAUGUGGAUUGGUCCGUUGUUGAUUCUGAAAUUGUGGAAGGCAGUCCUGUAGUAACUCUCAUGCUCAAGGAUGGUCCUUAUAGUCGCGCCAUGUGGGACUUUGGUUUCCAGGCUUUAUACAAGGUUGUGCUUGACGAGAAGAGCAUUUCCACAGAACUAAAGAUUACAAAUACAGACAACAAGCCAUUUUCAUUUACUACGGCUCUACAUACAUAUUUCAGUGCAUCUGUGACUGGGGCAUCUGUGAGAGGUUUGAAAGGUUGCAAAACGCUUAAUAAGGAUCCAGAUCCUACCAAUCCUAUUGAAGGCAAAGAGGAAAGGGAUGUGGUCACUUUCCCAGGUUUUGUUGAUUGCGUUUACCUUGACGCCCCCGCAGAGUUGCAGCUUGACAAUGGGUUGGGUGAUUUGAUAACCCUCAAGAGUGAAAAUUGGUCAGACACUGUACUGUGGAAUCCACAUCUGCAGAUGGAAGCAUGUUACAAAGAUUUCGUUUGUGUUGAAAAUGCCAAGAUUGGUAAAGUCGAGCUAGAGCCUGGGCAAAUCUGGACGGCGAAGCAGCAUAUCAGCGUUGGCUAAAAUGUGGCAGUGAACUGUUUAAGCUUUGAUUAUAGGAUGAUACUAUCCUUUCUUCCCAUUUCCAUUUAUCUUCGGCAUUAGGGAAGAUAUUCUAGCAAUAAGUCACAACAGUUAAAUUCUCUUUAUGAUGUCAUUUGUAGUUUAAGUUAAUUGAAAUUACAGUUCUAUACACAGAGUGACAGACUUGAGUGCUUGACUGUAAACAUUAUGUUCUUACUUUAAUCAGGUGUCCCUCAUUUUGUGUUCACCAAUAAUCA